CGAUCAUUAAAUAGAUACUUUGUAUUCGAUAAAAUCUGAGAUGUGCUUCGAUUUUCAUUUCCUAGUGAGCUGACAGCGAUUUAAGCUUAUUUUGUGCAAGAAUUCGAUGAAAACAUGCAGACGCGGAAAACAAUCCUGUUUUUACAUUCGGGCAUAGUUUUGAUCUUGUUACCUGUGCUCAUUAGUGGACAGUACGACCCUGAAGAUAUUCCAUACGAUGAUUGUGGAGGGAGUGACGAUCAGAUGGCAAGUGUAAGACUUACUGGAUGCGAGGAAGAUGAUAUUUGCAAAAUUAAGAUGGGAGACGUUCUCACCUUGAAAGUGAAGUGGAAGACAAAUCAGGCUGUAAUAGUGAAAUUACAGGGCAAACUUGAGGUGCAAUUUUUCCUUGGAUUCAAGAAAGAAGUUGAAGUGUCACCGAUAGAUGCUUGCCAAUAUUUGAAAUGCCCGUUGUCGAAAAAUACUCAAAUUGAGUAUGUAGCCAAUUUCACUGUGCCCACAGAAGGUAUUUUACCGGGCGAAGGAAGAAUAUGGUGGAAAGGAUAUGAAGAAUCUGAAGAUAAUCCAUUAUUGUGCCUCAAUUUCCUUGUUAAAAUACAGAGCUAGAUCGAUUUUUAA